AUGACGCGCGGAGGCGACCGUGGCGGGGCCCCUGCCGGGGCCCGCUCCGGCGGCAUGACCCACCACAUCCAGGGCCCGCACCUCAUCCCCAACGUCGGGAGAGAGGCCAUGCUCGUGGCCGAGGUCAUCCGACGGAGGCCCAAGGCGAAGUCCAAGCCGGGACAGGUCCGUGCCGAGAGGGAAAAGGUGGAGCAGAGGGAGAAGAGGAAGAAGCGGAAGAAGUCCGAGCGAUCGCGAUCCAGCUCGGUUCCGGCUAGCAAGUCACGUUCCAGAACGCAGGUGCGGCCGAAGCAUGACAGCCCCGACGGAGACGGAGAGGAGGACGAGGCUGCCGAGGAGGAUGCACAUGAAGGAGCCCUGCCAACGGCGCUGGACGUGAACUCUGAGCACGAGGCUCGGAGGAUUGAAGAGGAGAGGAGGCAGCUGCAGCGCUUGAAGGAGGUCCAGGAGAAGAAGCGCAAGCAGGAGAGCGAGCGAAGGAAGAACUUGGGAGGAGUCUUCGCCUUGUCUGCGGACGACUUCGACAAGGAGGAGGACGAGCGAGCCAAGCGGGCCCAGGCGGCGCAGGAGGGGGCCAGGAGCGAGAAGCAGCAGCUCCGUCAUCCGUCCCGGACCUCGCAGCGGAAAGAUGAGAAAGUGCUGCUCGACGACGGCUCUCCCGGAAGUGGCUUCGACAAAUGCUGGAAGAACUGGGACUUCACAAAAGCGGAAGAUCCGGCGGAAGUGGCCCGGCAGUUCAUGCGCGUCACGGCAGCCAAGCGGAGGGGCUACGGGGCCCGCGACGGUGCCCGAAACGAAAGGCCGGAGCGCGAGAGGCGCCGCAGCCGCAGUGGCAGCCGCGGCCGAAGCGGCAGCCGCGGCGGCCGAAGCCGAAGCCGAAGCCGCCGCUGA